AUGGCCAUUCUCAGCCUCCUUCUCCUGGCCCCGUGGCUGGCGCUAGCCACAAAUGAGGUGGGCAAGAAGUUCCUGGAGGAGAAUGCCAAGAGACCAGGCGUGAUCACGCUGCCAUCCGGGCUGCAGUACAAGGUGCUCCGCGAAGGUCAUGGCGACAAGAGCCCGUUGGUGGGCACGCCUUGCGAGUGCCACUACGCGGGCACCACGCCUUCUCUGACGCCGGAUGCCAUCGAGAAGGAGGAGAGCGAGUGGGCGGAGUUCGACUCCUCCUACAAGCGCGGCAGCCCUACCACCUUCGCCCCGAACCAGGUGAUCAAAGGCUGGACGGAGGCGAUGCAGCUCAUGGUGGAAGGGGACAAGUGGCAGAUGUACAUCCCUUCGGAGAUGGGCUACGGAGACUCCGGCUCGGGCGCAAAGAUCAAGGGCGGCGAUGUGCUCAUCUUCAACAUGGAGAUCAUCAAGAUCAAGGGGGAGAGCAAGGCUGCGGACAAAUGCAACGUGGAGACGUUGACGGGUUGCAGCGACAAGGCGAAGGCCUACGUGGAGAAGCAGAAGGCCGCGAGCGUGGACAAGCGCAAGGCAGAGCUUAAGCGGCUGGAGGGCAUGCAGGGCAACGACAUGAAGGAGGACAACAAGAAUUGGCUUAUGUCGCGCAUCAAGCUGCUGCAGAAGCUGACCGCGAAGGCGCUGGCACGCGAGAUUUGGAAGAUGUUCAAAGGACCCAUCUGCCUGGAGUCUCCUUCUGACCCGAACUAA